GGGGACGCUUGCAAAGACUGACUGGGAAAACCGAACUGAAAAGGGACGUUAUACUGGCCAAGUUUAUGUUUUUGUAGCAGCCUUCGAAAGUAUGACGAGAACAGCUACCGCAAAAAGAAAGCGUGCCGAGAGGGAAGCCCUCAAAGCCGAACGCGCCAACAAGAAACCGAAGACGGACGACAUCACCAAGCACGCCGAGAAGAAGCUCUUCGUGGAGAAGUCGACCGGCCCCGAUCGCAUCCGCGAGGCCAAACUGUACGAGCUCCUGGGGAGCGAAGACUUCGAAACCCGCGUCCUCGCCGCCGAAGCCGUCAUCUCGAGCCUCUUCGACGGCGACGGCGUGCCCGAGCCCGUCCUCGAGAGACACCUCGACUGGCGCCUGUUCCGCGGCCUCGCCAGCGGGCGCGCCGCCUCCCGUCUGGGCUACAGCCUCGUCAUCGCCGAGGUGCUGCGCCAGCUCUUCGGGGACAAUGCCCUGAGCCGGUCGAAAUACCCCGGCCUGACGCUGGACAAGGUCCUCGAGAUCCUCCAGCAGCGGACCCGGCCGACGGGCAACAUGACGGGCCAGGAAGAGAGGGAUUUCUACUUUGGUCAGCUCUUCGGGCUCGAGUGCUUUGCCCGCGCUGGCAUCCUCCGGGGGAACGAGGCCAUGUGGCGGACCAUACUGUCCCUCUUGUUCAAGCUCGCCGACAAGAAGGUCUGGCUUCGGCCUCAGUGCGGCUGGGUCGUCACGGAAGCCCUUCCCGAGCUGGGGCUCGACCUUACGCUUACCACCCUGGAUAUCGUCAGAGCCGAAAAGUGGACAAAGUCGCCCGAAGGUGUGGCCAUUUCUCUGGCUGCCCUCAACGCCUACCCGGAAGGCCGUAAAACCAUCGGCAACCCCUUGGACGCCAGGGUGCUUCCGAGCCUCCCCGUCAUUCUCAAGGAGAGCACGGAUCCGGAUGCCUCUGGCGAAGAGGAGACCUCUACGAAGGGAAAGAAUAAUAAGAAGAAGAAGAAGCAACCGAAUUGGUCGCAUCAGCUACAUUUUGUGUGGGAUAUUCUCCUGAAGCAUAUUCUGAGCAAGGGAGAGGCUUCCUUGGAAGAGUUUACCGUUUUUUGGAGGCGAUGCGUGGAUGACAACCUGUUCACGAAGACGGCCACUGAUGGCCAGAAGCUGCGUGGGUUCCUCGUCUUCCAGAAAACGCUAACAGAGCUGGUCGGGCAAGCAUCUGACCAGUGCCCCCUGGAAUCCUUUCUACCGGUCAUUUUCAGCAAGAAUCUCAUGGCUUGCCUCAUGAACCAGGCUGCGCAUGAAGACCGCUACCUACAUCGCGCUGCUCGGAAAACCUUGUCCCAUGUGGAACAGGCCGCCCUGAUCGACCAGGAUGUGGCGACUCCCAUACUAGAGAAUCUGAUCACGGGUAAUGGCGUUUUCAGCUUUGACGUGAGGACCGGGACGAAGACUGUCGAGAACAUCGUGCAGCGCGUGAAGCCGGAGGCUGGUGAAGACACGGUUGGUGUGCUGAGUGCGCCUGCCAUGAAGACUUGCACAACUGGGAAGGACCUCGAUAAAGUGAAGCUCGACCUCCGGGUCUAUGUCGAGUACCUCUUCAAGCUGGCCAAUGCGGCGCCCGAGGCCGCUUUGAAGGAGCUAACCGCUCUUGCCUACGCGCCGCCCGUCUGGGUGCCGUCGAACGCCGCUGAUUUCGUCAAGGAGCUCAGCCGCAACCGUCUUCAAUCUACCUUUGCGAACUUUUCUCGGAAGAACGAGGAUUCGACACACCUAUGCACAGCCAUCGAGAACAUCAGUCCGGAGUACAUCCCAAUGGACGCAAAACUCAAGAAGGCGGUGGGCGAUGCGCGAAGGAAGUUGAAGUCUCUGAUGCACGAGGCAUCGCAAGAACCUAACGAAGCUGGCUCGGGGGAGGGCAACACUGCCCGUGGGUUGUCUCUCCUCUACACCAUGGCCAUUUUCCAAAUCUACAAUGCGGAACCCGACGCGUUCCAGUUGCUGGGCGAUCUGGAAGAGUGCCACUCCAGGUUAAGGAAAGACCAGGAAGGUGCUGCCGAGUUCCUCGUGGAGAUUCUUCUCUCCAUGGUGUCCCAGGAUUCCAUCCUCCUUCGGCAGAUUUCGCAGCAAGUAUUCGGGUCUUUCGCCGGACGCAUUUCGGCGGCGGCGCUCGAGCUUCUCCUGGACGUCCUCUCGGCCGAUGAGAACUCCAAAGGUCGACAGGCUCUAUUCAACAUCGAAUCCGACGACGUAGACCCGGAGGAUAUCGAGGAGGACAGCGACGAAGACGACGACGACGACGUCGAGGAGGUCCAACUCGAUUCCGACGUGGAAAUUGAUUCGGACGUGGAGUUUGUCACGCUGAACGGUGCGGAAGCGGCCGACCCAGACAGCGGCGACGCCAGUCCCGAUUCCGAGUCCGAACCGGAUGAAGAAGGGGAAGACGCAGACGAAGACGAAGACGAAGAAGAAGGCGAAAAAGAGAGCUCCGAGGAAGCCAAGAACCUCGAGGCCAUCGACGACGCGCUGGGCAAGAUCCUCGGGAGCCACCGGCUCGACAAGGACAAGGACGCCGCGUCCUCCGACUCGGACGCCGACAUGACGGAUUCCGAGAUGCUCGCACUGGACGACAAGCUCGCGGCCGUCUUCCAGCAGCGGAUCAAGCACAGCCCGAGCAAGAAGAAGGAGCGCAAGGCGGCCAAGGAGUCGGUGGUCAACUUCAAGCGCCGCGUCCUGGCCCUGCUGGAGACGUACAUCCGCGCCGAGGCCGGGAACCCCGCCGCGCUCGCCGUGCUGCUGCCGCUCCUGCGGCUGAUGCGGACCACCACGGUCAAGUCCCUGGCGGACCGCGCGUUCGAGGUGGUCAAGGAGUACCAGAAGCGGCUGCGCAAGGCGAGGCAGGAGGCGAACAAGGAAAAGGGGGGCGGCUUGCUGAGACCCGCGGGCGUCGGCGUCGGCGUCGUCGUCGUCGACCCGGAGAAGACGCUGCGGCUGCUGAGGGACGUGCAUGCCGAGGCGGAGGCUGGCGAGAUGGUCGACCAUGCCAAGGCGGCGGCGGCGGCGAGCUUGAUUGUGGCGUCGACGCUGUAUCUGUAUGUUGCUGAUGGGCCGAGCCGGGCGGCUGUCGAGGCGGAGUUUGUGAAGCUGGAGCGGAAGCCUGAGGACGGGGCGAAGAAGAAGAAGAAGGGCAAGAAGGCGAAGAAGAGGAAGAAUCAGGGGGAUGAAGUGGAUAUGUACAUGGACUGGAAGCAGUGGCGGGAUAACUACGAGUCGACACGGGAGGGUAAAGGCUCGUGAGCGUAGCGUCUCAGAUGGGGGGUUUACUUUUCGGAUGCUAGAAUUACAAGAGUCAAUGCCAAACUGGGGGAAGAUGGGCGUCUCACGUCCAUGUACAUCAGCUGUUCUUCAUUUGUGUCAGGGCAAGCUGGGGAAAAGUACGGGACAUGGCCCUAUACUGCUUCAUUAUCUGCUCUGGCAUGUCAGUUAGCAUGGUGUUUGGGGCUUAGACCGUCGAUUCUCGGAGAUGAAAUGGUGUAUUCAAUGGCCCGUUCACUGCCUUCCUUGCAACUUGGUAUCUACCC